AUGACACCGCCAAAAGACUCCACAUCCAGCAACUCUGAUAACGAAGCCGCCGACACUGGAGCGAAGCGCAAAGCCUCGGAAGCCUCACAGCCCGAAUACACCCAAGACGAUGAACCCGACACGAAAAAGCCCAGGCCGGAUAAUCCAAAUGGAACAGUAGACUGGCUCCUAAGCGACGAAGCCUUCUCCCUCGCCUUCCCCUCCCUCCCACAAGGCCACGGCGAAAUCGACUGGGACGAAGGCCAACAUCGCAAGGAUCCUCCGCCCGAAUCCGCCGGAAAGAAAUCCAGUACAUCAAAGGCCUCAAAGAAGAACGGCAACGACGAGAACGACGACGAUGAAGGGGAUGGAAAGGAACCCCGCCUAACUUACCCAGACUCCGCCCUCACCCCCUUCCAAAACCUCGUCGCCGCCCUCCUCUUAAGCAAACCCAUCUCCCACCGCCUCGGCCUCCGCACCAUCAACACGCUGCUCAACCCGCCCUUUGGCCUGCGCACGCCGCGGGAUCUCGACGAAGCUGGGUUCGAGGGGCGGAGGAAGGUGAUGUGGGAGGCGAGGACGCAGCAUAAGGAGAAGACUGCUGUGCAGCUGGGGGAUUUAGUUGAGGGGGUGAGGAAGAUUUGCGGUGGGGCAGAUGGCGAUGGCGAGGGAGACGGCGAAGGAGAGGAAUCUGAGGGGGAUGUUGAGAAGAUGACGGCGUUGAGGGAGAUGGUCAAGGGAAUGGAGGCGAAGGAGGCGCAAAAGAAGGUUGAGAAGGUGUUGACUGAUGGGAUCAAAGGCGUUGGACCGACUGGAGCUGGGAUAUUUUUGAGAAGGGUGCAGGAGGAGUGGGAGGAGGUAUUUCCGUAUGCUGACAAGAGAGCUCUUGAAGCUGCUGUCGAAUUCGGAAUCAUUGAGGAGGGUGACGGUGGGAAAGAGUUGGCGAAUGUGGUUGAGGGGGAGCGGGGCAAGUUUGUGAGGAUGCUGGAUGUGCUUGUUGGGAUUCAACUUGAGAAGAAGAUGGAUGAGGCGCUGAAGAUGGCGAGAGGAGACGGGGAAUAG